GCCUGGCGCGCGCGUAUGUCUGCAUGGCAUGCCAGUGGCCCGCUGGGUCCGAUAUUGGUCUGGGACAGUCGCCAAGUUAUUCUACUUCUUAGAGGGGCUCGUCCGUGCGUGGAAAGAGAGUCAACGUUCCGGACCUGAAGCAGUACGGCAGAGUACUCCUUAUCUGACGCGUGCAUCUCAUUUGGCGAGCAACACUGUCUAGCGCUGCAGACUGUUAACCACGAGUCGACCACAGCGGGGGCGUCUUGUGACCUACACGACGCUGCGGGCAGAUUCGCCUGGGUCCCGAUAGCCCUCUGGGGCCUGUUGAAUACUGACAGCAUGCACGAUCAAGCGGAGCGAGACACGGUGGUGAGCGCAAUAUCCGCAGACCCUUCAGCUGCCGAGAGCAUCUCUUUGAUAUGAACUGAAGUCUAACAGUAGGAACGGCCUGUCCAGGAUCCAACUCCGGUGGGCCCGUUCUGGCACGCGUAGGCAAGGUGGUGGCCACGAGCACACUGCCUCGAGCCCUUCGACGCAGCAGUGCACGCCGCCAGGAUAUAAUGUCCAUGUUCCACAGAGGGGCAGAUGGUUUGAAACCUCUGCAAGCUCGCACGCACGCCACCUCCUCCCGAACCACUGUCGUUUCCUAUCCCUGAACCAUGGAGCGCAUCCGAGUCUACUCUGAGCACAGCUCCCGCCACACUCAACCCUGGUACUAUGCGGAGGCCAUUAAACCUUCCUUCUCUGGGUCCUCGUCCUCGCGCCGGGCGGGCCCUGUCCCCGGUCCGUCACCCAGGCGGACGCGUCCCACCAACCCGCCGCAAGAGUACACCCGCACUCGGCGCGAGAGCGAGCCGUGGCGGCAGGCGGCAAAGACGUACGCGUGGGUCCUCGAGCAGGAGAUCGCGGAGAUGACGAGGAAGAACGAGGAGACCGUGCGCUGGAUACGCACACAGCAGGAGAAAGAGAGGCGGGAACGGGCCAGAUAUGGAGCGUAUGGGCUCGAGCGAGGGUUUUACAGCGAGAUGAUGGAGGAUUUGGGAGAUGAAGACUUCGCUUUCACCGCCCGUCAGAGGAUGGAUCGAGCGUAUUAUCCGCGGAACAAGGACUGGGAGGUCCAGGAGGAGCUUCGGAGGCUGCAGGCGCAGAGGUUAGAGACCGAGCGCUGCCGCGCAGCGUACGAGAAGCGAAAGGCGGCAGAGCAGGAGAGGGACCGCCAGAGGCAGAGAAAGAGAGAGCUGUACAAGCUGCGAAAGGACGCGGCGGAGCAGGUAGCUUGGGAGAACUACGAGGCUGGAUGGAAUAGGCUUCUGUCUGGCGAGAUCUCGGAGCCUCUGUCCUUCGAGUCGAUCCCAUGGCCGCUAUUGGUCCCGCCACAAAGCACGGACGAUAUCCGGCCAGCGCGGGUCACGAUCUUCAUUCUGUCCCAAUCGCAUUCGCAGGGUCAGACCAUGAAAGAUCGCGUCCGCAGUGCGCUUCGCAGGUGGCAUCCUGAUCGCUUCGGACGGAUCCUCGCAAGGGUCAGGGAAGAAGACAAGGGGAAGGUUGAGGAGGGCGUUGGCAACAUCGCGAGGUGUCUUAACGAGCUUCUGGAGCGUGCUUGAUUAUAGACUUUUAUGACAUCUUCGCCGGGCGCGAGGCGAGUUCCCUGGAAUACCCUCGAUACUGAUAUCAUCGCCAUGCUUUACAAUAAAUGUAACACUCACUCUAUGUUCAAUUGAUGACUAUGGCAUAUGCU